CCUACGAGAUCCAGGAGAAGGACCUGGGCAGGCUGCACCGCAUGGCUGCUCACGGCGACCUGCCCCGGCUGAGGCGGUGGCGCUGGUGGCUGAAGAGAGGCGGCAUCGACAGGCGAGACCAGGAGAAGCGGACACCUCUGCACCUCGCUUGUGCAAACGGCCACGCCGAUGUCGUUAGAUUUCUAAUACAAACGAAGUGCCAGUUGAACCUUGCUGACAAUUUCAACAGAUCGCCACUGAUGAAGGCAGUACAGUGCCAACAAGAAGAAUGUGUGGCUAUUCUGCUAGAGCAUGGUGCCGACCCAAACCUGGCAGAUGUUGACGGCAACACUGCCCUGCACCUGGCGGUCCUAUCUCCUAAUACAGCUGUCGCGGGGCUGUUACUUGAGCAUAAUGCCAAUAUUGAUGCUCAGAACCAGGAGGGAUACACUCCCCUGAAUCUUGCUCUCUCCAAACACCAUGAGGAGAUGGUAGAGUUUCUUCAAAGAAAAGGAGCUGAUGGGCAAGCUCCAGAUCAGCAUGAAAG